AUGCAGAAAGCCCCACUAGAGAAGAUGAAAAAGAAAUUGUCAGACGAUAUUAUGAAGAAAGUAGCAGCAAAACUGUCAGGGGAAGCGGUGAAGAAACCAUCAGGGAAGCAGUCGGAGGAGAAUGUGAAGAAAUCAUCAGGAGAAGGUUCAAAAGAGCAUGCGAAAGGCAAACAACCGAAACGAAAAGAAGGAAAGAAAGUCAAGCACGGCGCGAAAAACGAGUCGAAGGGGUACGUACUUCCCUUACCUUUGAGCUAA